GCAAAUGCUAAGUAGGAAAUACAUUUACUUUAACCUAAGUGGCAAGUAGUAUUGAAACGAGUAUUAAAUUUUCUAUUCCAUCGUCGUUUUAUACGAUAACUGAGUCAAAAUGCCAGAGAGCGUGAAAGUAGAGAAGAAGGAUAAUAAAGAAGUGAGAAGUGGGAAGGAAGAAGAGAAAAAUGAAUUGUCUGAGGAAGAUAAAAUCUUGCAAGAAGAAUUAACAAAUCUUGUUGAACGCUUGCAAGAUCCCAAUACCAAUUUGCAUUACCCAGCUUUAGAUUCCCUACGUAAUCAUAUUCGUGCUUCGACUACUUCUAUGACCAGUGUUCCAAAACCAUUGAAAUUCAUGAGACCUCACUAUGAUUCCAUGAAAGCUAUUUAUGACAAGAUAACAGACGUAAAAUCGAAGGAAUUAUGUUCUGACGUAAUUUCUGUCCUUGCAAUGACUAUGGGUGAAGGCAGAGAAUGUCUCAAGUUCAGGCUGACUGGAUCAGCCUUAGCCAUAGGAGAAUGGGGACAUGAAUAUGUCAGGCAUUUAUCGACGCAAUUGUCUGCUGAAUGGGAUGAGCUAACAGAUGAUGCAGAAGCUACCAGUAAGAAACUGAUAGCCUUGGUGCAUGAAAUUGUACCUUAUAACAUGGCUCACAAUGCCGAGACAGAAGCCUGUGAUCUGCUAAUGGAAAUCGAAAGAUUAAACCUGCUAGAACAAUAUGUAGAUGAAAGUGCAUAUCAAAGAGUUUGCCUGUAUCUAACAAGCUGUGUACCCUACGUGGCAGAUCCAGAGAACAGUACAUUGCUUUAUGCUGCUGCCAACUUGUAUAGGAAGUUCGGCCAAUAUCCUCAAGCUGUGAGAUUGGCGAUGCAGUUAAACGAUUUGCAACUCAUCGAAUCCAUAUUUACGAACUGCUCGGAUCUUUCGGUGCAGAAACAAUUAGCAUUUAUGCUGGGCAGGCAACAGAUCUUCCUGGAACUUCCGGAAUCGAUCCCAGAGUACGACGAUCUCGUAGAAAUAAUGUCUAACUCUUUGUUAAACUACCACUUCUUGAACCUCGCGCACGAAUUGGACAUAAUGGAACCGAAGACACCGGAAGACGUGUACAAAUCGCACUUGGAGAACUCCAGGUCCCCGUUCGCCAGCGGUCAAGUGGAUUCUGCGAGACAGAAUCUAGCCGCGAGCUUCGUGAACGGUUUCGUGAAUGCAGCUUUUGGCCAGGAUAAAUUAUUACUCGAGGACGGGAACAAAUGGUUGUACAAGAACAAGGAGCAUGGAAUGUUGAGUGCAACAGCUUCUCUCGGUCUUGUACUUUUAUGGGAUGUCGACGGUGGUUUGACACCUAUCGAUAAAUAUCUUUACUCCUCCGAGGAUUACAUCAAAUCUGGCGCGCUGUUGGCCUGUGGCUUGGUCAACUGUCGCGUAAGGAUGGAAUGCGAUCCUGCGUUGGCCCUUCUGUCUGAUUAUGUAUUACACAACCGUAACACAAUGAGAAUCGGUGCGAUAGUCGGUCUGGGACUGGCGUACGCUGGUUCAAACCGCGAAGCCGUGUACGGUCUUCUGAUUCCUGUGCUCAGUGACCCGAAAUCCAGCUGGGAAGUCAUAGGCAUGGCUGGCCUCGCGCUUGGAAUGGUCGCAGUGGGCUCUUGCAAUGCCUACGUAACAACCACGAUAAUGCAUACUCUCAUGGAGAAGUCGGAAUCCGAUCUGAAAGACACGUAUGCCCGAUUCCUGCCGCUGGGUCUUGGAUUAUGUUUCUUAGGGAAACAGGAAGCUGCAGAUGCUAUUAUAGCAGCUCUGGAGAUAGUACCUGAACCGUUCAAAUCGAUGUCCACGACUCUGGUAGAAGUGUGCGCGUACGCUGGUACGGGAAACGUUUUGAAGAUUCAGCAUUUGUUACAUAUUUGCUCUGAACAUUACGAGCCGUCGAAUGAGAAGGAAGACAAGAGCGAUCGUAAGGAUAAGGACAAGAAGGAAGAGAAGAAGGAAGACAAACCGAAAGACCUGAGCUCCAAGCAAGCCAUCGCUGUACUUGGUAUCGCCCUCAUUGCUAUGGGAGAGGAGAUUGGUGCUGAAAUGGCGUACAGAACGUUUGGACAUCUAUUGCGCUACUGCGAGCCCGUCAUUCGACGAUCUGUGCCUCUUGCACUUGGACUUAUAUCCGUCUCUAAUCCGAAAUUGAAUAUACUCGACACAUUAUCCAAAUUCUCCCAUGACAGUGAUCCAGAAGUGGCGCAUAAUGCGAUCUUUGCGAUGGGCUUGGUGGGAGCUGGAACGAACAACGCGAGAUUGGCUGCGAUGCUUAGACAGCUCGCACAGUUCCAUGCGAAGGAUCCGAACAACUUGUUUAUGGUUCGCAUAGCACAGGGCUUGACACACCUUGGUAAAGGAACUUUGACUUUGUCUCCCUACCAUAGUGAUAGACAAGUUCUAAGCCCCGUAGCGCUCGCUGGACUUUUGGCAACGUUAAUUGGUUUCUUAGAUGUGAAAAACAUCAUUUUGGGUCGAUCCCAUUAUCUCUUAUAUACGUUGGCGUUGGCUAUGCAACCAAGGAUGUUAGUAACUUUCGACGAGAUGUUAAAUCCUCUGGCUGUACCGGUGAGAGUCGGUCUGGCCGUGGACGUCGUGGGUCAAGCUGGAAAACCGAAGACCAUCACGGGUUUCCAAACGCACACUACUCCCGUUCUAUUGGCGUACGGCGAAAGAGCGGAACUCGCGACCGAAGAAUAUAUUCCUUUAACACCCAUCAUGGAAGGCUUCGUAAUCUUAAGGAAAAAUCCGGACUUUAUACCUUAAUUAUAAAACAAUCGAGUGUAAGACAUGUAAGUCUUAGUAUAAAAUGUAAUGAAAACUAUCUCGUGUACGCAACAAAGUUUAAUUGAGAAACUCAUCCACAGUAUAUAUGAUCUACAAUUAAUUGGUCUUUUUUACAAACAUAAAAGGAAGAAUGAAUAAACCAGUGGUUUUAAUGA